AUGAAAUUUUCUUUUAGUUCAUACAUGCCCUCCACAAAAAAAUUUAAUAGUUUUCUACCAACUGAAAAUGAUAAACUUAAGCAUUCUAUAGCGGGUGCCGUUGCAGGUUGUGUUAGUUCUGUGGUUACUUGUCCUUUAGAUGUGGUCAAGACAAGGUUACAAAAUCAAGGGAAAAUUCCUGUUAAUAAUAGAAUACCGCUAUACCGUGGAACUGGAGGUACUUUAAAAAGAAUAUGGCUAGAAGAAGGAAUUAGAGGCCUUUAUUGUGGGCUUGGACCUACAUUAUAUGGAUAUUUACCAACAUGGGCAAUUUAUUUUACUGCAUAUGAUUAUUUCAAAUUAGUUUUGAUAGAGCGUACAGGAAAAAAUACCAAUAUUGAUAAUCACUGGAUAGUGCAUAUAUUUGCGGCUAUGGGUGCAGGUGCAACAAGCGCAAUAGUUACUAAUCCAUUAUGGGUGAUCAAAACAAGAUUUAUGACACAAAAUCAAUCAACAUCCUACAAAUAUAGAAAUACAUUACAUGCUUUCACAACAAUAUAUCGUCACGAAGGGAUGAAAGGCUUUUAUAAAGGUCUUGGCCCCUCUUUAUUGGGUGUUACUCAUGUGGCAGUGCAAUUUCCUUUAUAUGAAAAGAUGAAAAUUUGGCUUAGAUCACCAGACAAAGAAUAUAUAUCCAACGUAUCGAUUUUAUUUGCCUCAUCGAUUUCAAAAAUGACAGCGUCAUUAGUAACUUAUCCACAUGAAGUUGUUCGAACAAGAUUACAAAAUCAAACUGUCAAACCUUUUAAAUAUAAAGGAUUAUGGGAUAGUGUUAAAGUGAUAAAACAAGAAGAAGGUUUUUUGGCUUUUUAUAAAGGAAUGUCGACAAAUUUACUUAGAACGGUUCCUGCAAGUGCCUUAACCAUCUUAACUUAUGAAGUGUUGGUUAGAAAAUUGAAUGCAAAUAAUUCAAAAAAACAACAUUAG